UUUCCAAUUCUCUGGAAUUUUGUGAACUCAAAUUAACAUUUCGAUACCUCGACGCAUUUUUUUUUCGAGUUUUCCCUUUUGUAUUUUGUGCAUUUUGUGUGUGCGUGAACAAUUUUAAGUGCCAACAAUUUUUGCGGAGUACUGCGUAAAUUACACGAAAAUAUUCAGGCAUCUGGGAAUCCUGAAAUCUGGAAUUCUGGAAUGGGGAUGCGACACUUGACAGCCGCCACAAAAAUGGGCGUUUCGCCAGUGGGUGUGCUGGGCUUUAUGCUCCUCCAACUGGUGAUUUCGGUGCGGGGACAUGGUCGGCUGAUGGAUCCACCGGCUAGGAAUGCGAUGUGGCGAUUUGGCUAUCCGAAUCCCGUAAAUUACAAUGAUAACGAGCUCUUUUGCGGCGGCUAUGCGGUUCAGUGGGAGAAGAACAGUGGUCGCUGUGGUGUCUGCGGCGAUGCCUAUCACGUCAAGUCGCCGCGGCCCCACGAAGCUGGCGGGGAAUACGCCAAGGGCAUCAUCUCGCGCUACUAUACCUCUGGCCAGGAGAUCGACGUGGAGGUGGAACUGACGGCCAAUCAUUAUGGCCGUUUCGAGAUGUUCCUCUGCCCGAACAACAAUCCGCGACAGGAGGCCACCCAGGCCUGCUUCGAUCGGUUCCCGCUGCUGAUUUCGGGCAGUCGGGAGCAUCGAUACCUCAUUCCGCGCGAUGCCAAGAAGAAGGAUAUAUUCCGCUAUCGGGUGCGACUGCCGCCCUAUGUCACCUGCACGCAGUGCGUCCUGCAGUGGACCUACUAUACCGCCAAUAUGUGGGGCACCUGCGCCAAUGGAACCGAGGCCGUGGGAUGCGGCAAGGCAGAAACCUUCCGGAAUUGUGCAGAUAUAGCGAUUAUCUCAAACACCGGUGGUGGUGUUCCGCCGAUUUUCGUGAACAAUAAGUCACCAUAUCUGCUCUAUUAUCGCGACUAUCGGGCACCGGCGGAGAACAACAUCUUUCCCCUUAUUGUGCGUGACCAGAAGUGCAUAGGUGCCCCAGCCUUCCGAACUUUGCCCGGCAUCGACAACUGGUGCGAGAUUAACUGCCUGCGUUAUCCGCCCAAUUGUCCGGAGGACGCCUGCCAGUGUCCCCAGGACUGCGUGGCCAUUGGCGAGUUGGCUGGCCAGGAGGGAGCCGAUACCUACUGCAUGGACAAGUGCCUCAACUACCAAUCGGAGUGUCCACGCGACAGGUGCCGCUGCUACUAGUCCGGAUCGUUGGAUUGCCGGAGCCACAGCUGUGCUGCCCACCCAUUGCCCAUGAGAUACAGAU